AUGCUUAAUUGGUGGCUAGGAAAACCCGCGGAGGGGAAUCGCGUCCAAGAUGGAGACGAGGCUACGGAACUCCCGGAUACACCUGCUCCAGUAUUCGCCGCUCGUGCAUUAAAGAGUGCAAUUUUUGGUGUACCAGAUCCACAAGAUGAUGAGACAUUCUACGAAGGAGAAGACGAAUCGGAAGACAUAGCUGCACAAGAUCCUGCGAAGGGUAUGUCGAGGAGUGUGUCUCCAACGAAGCCUCAGGGUAUUCUCCUGACACCUGGGACCGGAACUACGCGCCGAAAGACCGUGUCAUUUGGCAAUGAGGUGGUUGACAAACCGGAGAAUGAAAAGACGAGGGGAAGGCUCUCUGCAAAAAAGUCCAAGAGUGGUAUACCAGAUGAUUGUCCAGGAAAGUUCCCCAGUCCAUGGACGUCGAAAUCGGAGCCAUCGAGGAGGGUUAAGCGCAAUCUCACCAAGGUCUUAGAGGACGCGAGAGAGCAAAAGAGCCAGAAGGAUAGGAUAGAAUCAAUGGCUACCGCUCCAAAGCCAAAGCCAGAAACGGAUAGCAAGUCUUCACAGCCAGAAGCUAAGAGACGGAGCAAGGCAGACUCGGACAGGGGGUCUACAAAAUCAGAAACUACGAAGCCAAGCAAGUCAGAACUAAGCAAUCAGGGGUUAUUGCAACAGCUGGCUGUUCACGACGGUUGCGACAACGAUAUGACAGUGGAUUUGAAUGAACCGCAUUCCCAAUCUGGCAAGUUCUGGAAGUCCAAUUUCGAGCAAUACCACGAGGACGCAAAGGCAGAGAUGGCAAAGCUCUUCAAAUACAAGCAGCUUGCCAAAUCGUACGCCAAGCUAAAAGACGUGCAGUCCAUCAACUUGGAGGAGAAACUGAAAGAGGAGCAACGAAAAGUCUCCUGUAUGGAAGACCAGAUCUCAAAACUGACCGCACAAAUUGCCGCUGCUGCACGAGAUGGAAUUGAUGACAAGUCGCCGGAAUUGACAAAGGAGCUUGCACGACAGACCGCUUUGGCUAUUCAAUAUAAGGACCAAGUCGAGGAAUUUCGACUUGCACUGGAGGGACCGGAGGGAGAGACCGGUAUUGCUGCCAGGCAAGGGAAGCAUUUUACUCAGGAGGAAAUGGAGAGCACAAUGUCGAAUGUAUCUCAUGAGCUGAGGAAUGCACGAAAGCAGCUUAAGGAAAUGGUAUCACUUCGUGAGGAAAUGGAACAACUCCGACAGACAUUAUUAGCCACGGAGAAGACGGUGACGAAGCUCCAAGAAGAGAAUACCAAGUUAACCCAAGAACUGCUCCAUGCAGACUUGCGCCUGGAAACCCAUCUGGAGAAAUGCGAAAAGAAACAACAGUCAUCCGAGGACCGACUUCGUCUGAGGAAUGAAGAGAUAGAAACUCUUCAUAAGGACUAUGCUGCUUUGAAAGACCUCGCAAAGGCAAAUCGUCGAGAUGCCGAGCAGCUUUUGAAGGGUCGUCACGAUCAAGUUGUCAGGUUGAGGAAGGAGAUUACAUUGUUGCGAGGUGCUGAAUCUACUGCACAAGAAGCUGAACGUACUCUGCAGAAGAAGACUACCGAACAUGAUCGAAUUGUGGCAGAUCUUCAGAAACAGAUGAUCGCGUUGAAAGAGAACCAAAAGCCAGAAUAUUUGCACGACAGACCAUCGAAGAGAACGAGGGACGCAAAGCAGCCUCCCGAUUUAUACUCGAAGCCUCUUCCCCCUGUCGAGCCCCAAGCUAGGGAGAGCCAAGUUCCGAUUCCCAGUCCACCAAUUGCUCGACCUUUAAAGGCAGCCGCUCCAUCGAAGCAUUCCCUGCCCGAUACGCCUUCAAAGUCGUCAAGACCACGAUCAUCUCACUCCGCUUUAUCAGAAUUGAUAAACAACGCAAGCACGGACACCAUUCCACCUGCCAGUUACGGGCCAAUCCAGCACACACCUUUGCCAGCUAUCACACUUACCGAUCGACUCCCCAGCAUGUCUUUAUCAUCCCCAGAAAUGCAGCUUCCCUCCCCCGAACCAUUUAUCACUCAAUUCACAAGUAAAACCAUCCACGACCGAAACUGCAAGGCCAGCCCACGGCCUUCAAUGUUCAACAUCCCAGCCAGCCCUCCUAAGGCAGCCGUAGCCCGCUCUCAAACUUCCGGUAAGCUCUCGAGACAGCGAUCGAACAAUGAUCUCGCUGCCCGUCGCCUGGCAACUUUGACGAGCAGUCGAGUGUCGAGUUUGGAUGGCUCAAAGCAGAGGGUUACGCUUCCGCCAGAGAGAGCGGCUGCUGCGAGAGCGAGGCUAGAGCAGAAAAAUGCGGAGAAAAAGAGGGUGCAUGAGAUGGGAGGUGAGAGGAACAAAGAGAACAUUCGUUGA